UGUUGGCAGCACUGGCUAACGAACUGUCAAUAUUAAAAUUAUUUACACAUUUUCAAAACAAGUUAAAGCAUGAAAUAAGUGUUUUUGUUUGGCGUUGUGUAAGUUGUGUUUAACUUAAUGGUGCAUAAGAAAGAAUAACAAAUAUGCGGCGCAGUUUAGCGCCGAGCCAGAUUGGCUCCGGCGAAAACGUCUUCAAAAGCCCAAUACUUGAAUCGAAACGAAAUAAGCGGCGGGAAUGUACGAAGAUAGCUCUGACACAGAAGUCUGCUUCUCAAGCAUUAUCCACUUCUGAACACGAAGAAUUGAUUCGACAGAUACUUAUUAAGCCAUUCAAAGUACCUAUACCCAACUAUGUUUCGUCGUAUUGCGGUAAAAGUUUGGGCCUCAAGAGGACACAGGUUAGGCGCGCUUUACACGAUCCUGACGAACCAAACGCUCUCGUCCUGUACCGACCGCCGUACAUCCCGGAACACGAGAAGAUGAAGAUGAACCCUAACGACAUAAAAGUGGCUGUUGUAGUCGACCCAGUGCUGGGAAAUAUCCUACGACCGCAUCAGAGAGACGGUGUGAAGUUCAUGUACGACUGUGUCACAGGAAACCAAAUAGAGAACGCGUAUGGCUGUAUCAUGGCAGACGAAAUGGGUUUAGGUAAGACCUUACAAUGUAUCACUUUGCUAUGGACUCUGUUAAGGCAAGGACCAGACUGCAAACCAACAAUUUGUAAAGCUGUUAUUGUCUGCCCAAGUAGUUUGGUCAAGAAUUGGUAUAAUGAGAUACAUAAGUGGUUGGGUCAAAGGAUAAAUGCUCUAGCUAUGGAUGGAGGAUCUAAAGCUGAUAUAACUCUAAAGUUGCAGCAGUAUAUGAACACAUUCACAACCACCAGAGUUGCUACCCCAGUGCUCAUCAUCUCAUAUGAAACAUUCAGAAUUUAUUCCAACAUUUUACACUCAUCUGAAGUUGGAUUAGUAUUGUGUGAUGAAGGACACAGAUUGAAGAACAGUGAGAACCAGACUUACCAAGCAUUAAUGGGUCUAAAAGCUAAAAGAAGAAUUUUAAUAUCAGGAACACCUAUCCAGAACGAUUUAACAGAAUAUUUCAGUUUAGUUCACUUUGUCAAUGAAGGAAUUCUUGGUACAGCACAAGAAUUUAAGAAACGGUAUGAAAAUGCCAUUCUGAGAGGCCAAGAUGCAUUAGCUACUGCUGCAGAAAGAGAGAGAGCACAGGAAUGUCUACAAACUUUAACAUCCAUAGUCAACAAAUGUAUGAUUCGCAGAACAAGCAGUUUACUCACUAAAUACUUGCCGGUUAAGUUUGAACAGGUCAUAUGUGUGAAGAUGACUCCCCUUCAGACACAGCUUUAUAAGAACUUCAUCAACUCUGAUGCCAUUCGCAACAAGUUUAGUGGAACGGGCGAAAAGAACACCAGCACCCUGAGUGCUCUUUCUAGUAUAACUACACUCAAAAAGCUCUGCAAUCAUCCAGACUUAGUUUAUGAUAAAAUUGUUGAAAGAUCUGAAGGCUUUGAGAAAGCGCUUAGUUUGUUACCAAGUAAUUAUGACACAAAAGAUGUGAAACCUGAGUUAUCAGGAAAACUGAUGAUCUUAGAUUGUAUGUUAGCCAACUUGAAAACUAACACAGAUGAUAAAAUCGUGCUUGUUUCCAAUUAUACACAGACAUUGGAUCUAUUUGAAAAAUUAUGUAGAAAGAGAGGUUAUCAAUAUGUCAGACUUGAUGGUUCUAUGACAAUAAAAAAACGCGCAAAAGUAGUAGAAAGUUUCAACAAUAAGGAAAAUAAAGAAUGGAUAUUUAUGUUAAGUUCUAAAGCUGGUGGUUGUGGUCUUAAUCUUAUAGGUGCUAACCGGUUAAUCAUGUUUGAUCCUGACUGGAAUCCUGCAAAUGAUGACCAAGCAAUGGCAAGAGUUUGGCGAGAUGGGCAAAAGAAACCUUGUUUCAUUUAUAGAUUAUUAGCAACUGGAACCAUUGAGGAGAAGAUUUUCCAAAGACAAGCACACAAGAAGGCACUAAGUGAUACUGUAGUUGAUCAAAAUGAGGAGUCUCUGAGGCAUUUCACUUCUGAAGACUUAAAAGAUCUGUUUAGAUUAGAAGAAAACACGUUAUCUGACACUCACAGUAAAUUUAAAUGCCGCAGAUGUGUCAACAACAUCCAAGUAACAUUACCUCCAGAAAAUUCAGACUGCACCUCUGAUUUGUCCAAUUGGUACCACUGUGCUGACAAGAAAAACCUAGCUGAUAUGGUGCUAAAGCAAUGCUGGGAUCUAGCAAAGACUAUUUCCUUUGUAUUCCAUCAUAGGUCCGCUCAGACUGAAGCAGAAAAGCCUGUUGAAGAAGAAAAAGAGAAUAUUCCAGAACCGAAAAGAAGGAAGGUAGAAAUAGAAGAGGAUUACUCUGAGCCUGAUGAUAGUGCUGACGAAGAUUAUGAAUAAUGUGAAUAUUGUUGUAUUAAUAAUAAUAAUAUGCUGGACGUUUAGCCAGACAGGAAAUUAUGUUGAUUGUAUAUAAAUAUUAUGUUCUAAGUUAUUAUGCGAAUUAAACAAUAUAUUGAUA